AUGGCCAUGGUAUCACAUAGAGCAAUAAAAGCAAUCCAUUUCACCACAUCCCAAACCUUUUUUUCUCAUCAUAUUUCUUCUACAAAUACUAUCCCCGUUCCUCUCUUUAAUGUCACAAGUCAAGCAUUGAAUUUUCAUGGCUGCCUCUCUUAUUUACUCUCUCUUAACCUUUGGUUUCAUUUCCUCUUCCAUGGCUGCUUUGCUCAUGAAUGCCAAAUCAAACACUUGCAAGCUUUAGAACCCAAAGAUAGGAUCAUAUCAGAGGCCGGUUAUACCGAGUCCUGGGACCCGGAUAAUGAACAAUUGCACUGUGUUGGCGUUGCUGCUCACCGCUAUACAGUCCGCAGCAAAGGCCUCGCCUUGCCUUCAUUCGACAAUGUUCCCAAGCUAUUCUAUGUGGUUCAAGGCUCGGAACCAUUUUGGGGACGAUUUUCCCAAGUUGUGCUGAUAAACAAAAAGCUGAAUCACAGUCCCAAUAUAAACAACAAAGGGGCGGGUGAUAUCUAUGCCAUGCCAGCGGGAACAAUAGCCUGGACUCAGAACGAUGGUGAAUCUGAGUUCGUUGCAGUCUCAAUCGCCGACCAAUCAAAACAAAAGUUCAAGAGUUUCCCAAGCAGUUUAGAUGAAGAGGUCUUGGCAGCGUCUGUUGGAAUUGACCACAAGCUUGCAAAGAAGUUGCAGAUUGAAAAUGAUUGUAGGGGAAACAUUGUUCGAGUCAUACGUCCACCUGAGUUGAAAAUGGAACUGUGGCAGUUUGAAGAAGAAGAAGAAGACGGGGAAGAGCAGGAAAGAGAACUAGUAAAGCAAGGGAAACCACAUGUCUCAGAAGAAAGUUGCCUUUCGAUGAAGCUAAAGCACCAGACUGAUCCUUCGUUUGCUGAAGCUAUUCACUACCGUGGUGGAAUUUGACCAACAUCAACAGCCUCAACCUACCAAUUCUUUAGUCUAUCCAACUCAGCGCUGUGAGUGGA